AUUUAAUCUUGUUCUAUUUUUAAACUCAAUAUGACGUAUUUAUCGUGGCGAUAGCAAUAUUCAAGUCUACGGAUUCUUCGAGUCUACUAAUAGUAUGUGUUCAAGAGCACUUUGUUUGGGUUUACAGAAAAUGCGUCACUGUGACGCUACCAAAGAAUUACUUUCUAACAAAAUGAAAUUAUUACUUUUUGUCGUGGUCGUCGGUAUUUGCGAUAUUGCAGCAUCACUGACCCCUUUUCAGCUCAGAUAUAAAAUCAGCAAAACACAAUGUGCUCCUGUAAAAGGAUUUGAAAGAAAAACGAUUCCUUGCUAUGAUUUCCGUAACAAGAAACUCGUCGAUCCAAAAGAUUGUGGAAACAAAGCGUACUCUCACUGUUGUAUCUAUAAAUGUUCUUGCAUAGUUAAAGGAGCCGGAACCUCACAAGGUAUCAUUCCAGAAGAAUACAAAUUAUCAAAAAUAGUUUCAUCGAAAAAGAAAAUUCAGAAACAAGCACGACUGCUCGAAAAUUGUUUUCCAGACACUUCGCCAAGUGAGUCAUCCACGAAAAAAAUUACUAGCAAGAACCCAACAAAAAAUAACGUCAUUAAAAAAUUGAAGUCAUCAGUAGAACAGAAAAAGCAUGAGAAAAUGCAAAAUAAGAGGACAGUCUCUAAAAAAACGACUACGAAGUCUUUUGACAAGAAAGAAUCAAACAAAAGUCGUCAAAGACCAAUUGUUAAUAACCCGCUUGUACCGAAGUCGUCUGCAAAGAAUGAGUUUUCAAAGAAACCUAGCAAAGAAAUAUCAACGAACCAGAAACCAACAGCUCCUCACGUAAAUCCAACAAAGAAGCCUUGUGUUACGAAAACAACAAAACCUUCAUUUUCUUUUGGAUUCUUUUCUCGACUUUCUUUUAUGAUGGAUAAAUUUGGGUUUAACUCCAACGUUGUGAAAAAUGAGGCCUGUGCCUGAUUUGCACGAAACAGAAUUAUAACGACGCAAUUAUUUGUUGUUUUAUUUAUUUUUUAUUUUAAAUAUAAUUGUUAUUUUGAUAUUUCAAAUAGUGUUUUUUGAAUUGAUCAACAAUGCUCUCCAUAUGCGUGAUUAUAGAACAAUAAACACUUGUGGCAAUCAAUAUAACAAAUAUUAAUAGAAAUUAUUUUUUGUGAUUUUAAUCAUUUCCAGCUUUUUUUAUUGGAUAUUUUGUCUUAGAUUUUAAUCAAAAUAGCAAUACUGUGUAGAUGUCAUGGUGUUUAUACAAUUCAGAAUAGAGCUUUAGAACAUUCCAAAAUUGGUUAUUUUGUUUUACGUCGUCUGGUGUAUGGUUAAAAUAUUAAAUAAGGAAAUAAGACUCAAUAAUUUAAUUAUUAGCUUGAGUCUGAAUGAAUAUUUGAAAUCAAGGUGGGAAUGUUUUGUAGGCUACCCGAAAAAAUGCAUAGAUUGUUGGUAGUUAG